GUCCAAUCCAUGCCUCCAAAAACCAUCAUACGACGGGAGGAGUGGGAACGUAGAUUGCAUGACGUGCAAGUCACCAAAGAUGACUUGAACCGUCUCAUUAUGGAUUAUCUUGUGAUCGAAGGGUACAAGUCGGCUGCAGAAGAGUUUAGCCAAGAAGCGAAUAUAACAGCUGCGAUUGAUUUUGCAAGUAUUGAAAGCAGAAUGGACAUACGCGAAGCUCUUCAACGAGGCGAUGUGCAUGAAGCGAUCACUCGUGUGAACGACCUUAAUCCGGAGAUCCUGGACACGAAUCCUGCGCUGUACUUUCAUUUGCAACAACAGCAAUUGAUCGAGCAUAUCAGGCACGGGCGCAUUCAGGAAGCGUUGACGUUUGCUGAAGCGGAGUUGGCACCGAGGGGAGAGGAAAGUCCCGAGUUCCUUUCUGAAUUAGAGCGGACGAUGGCGCUUUUGGCGUUUGAUUCAUCGUCACUAGCACCAUCAGCUGUGUCUGAACUGCUUUCUCCCGCGCAGAGGAUGAAGACUGCAGGGGAAGUGAAUGCGGCGAUACUAGAAAGCUUUAGCCAAGGGAAAGAGGUGAAGCUGGUACAGUUGUUGAAGCUGCUUGCAUGGGGCGAGUGGAUGCUGAGUGAGCGUGCAGAGUUUCCAAAGCUUGACCUGCAGGCUGCGCUUCCUGGACAUGGAGAGGGGAUGGGUGAGGAUGAAUAUAUGCACGAGUAGAGUAUAGAUUGUGUAACAUGAUAGAUGUAUAUUAGCGACUGAACGCCUGAAUUAAAGUGCGAAUAGUCGGGAGCAGGGAUGAUUGAUGGUGCGCUUGGCAUGCUGGAA